AUGGCUGAGAUCCGCCGGAAGCUCGUCAUCGUCGGCGACGGUGCCUGCGGCAAGACUUGUUUGUUGAUUGUUUUCUCCAAGGGCACUUUCCCUGAGGUCUACGUUCCCACCGUCUUCGAGAACUAUGUUGCGGAUGUUGAGGUCGAUGGCAAGCACGUCGAGCUGGCCCUGUGGGAUACGGCUGGCCAGGAGGACUACGACCGGUUGCGCCCUCUGUCCUACCCCGACUCGCACGUCAUUCUGAUCUGCUUCGCUGUCGACUCGCCUGACUCGCUCGACAACGUCCAGGAGAAGUGGAUCUCCGAGGUUCUGCACUUCUGCCAGGGUCUGCCCAUCAUUCUGGUUGGCUGCAAGAAGGAUCUCCGCUACGACCCCAAGACCAUCGAGGAGCUGCGCAAGACGAGCCAAAAGCCCGUCUCGCCGGAGGAGGGUGAGGACAUCCGCAAGAAGAUUGGUGCCUACAAGUACCUCGAGUGCUCUGCCAAGACCAACGAGGGCGUUCGCGAGGUCUUUGAGCAUGCUACCCGCGCUGCUCUGCUCUCGCGCAGCGGCAAGAGAGGGAGCAAGAAGAGCAAGUGCACGGUUCUGUAA